AUGCAUUUGACAACUAUUAUUGCUUCGGCGGUGUUGCUCUUGGCCGAGGUCGACAUGAUCUCGGCGAAGGCCAUUCUGCACCUGCCCGAUGCUAUCAGAAGGAGAAACGCGUGGGAAGAUGGGAUGGAGAAAGAGGCGGAUAAGAUUCUGCGACGAGAGCCGCAAUCCUCAACCGGCUCUCUUUCUGUGGCGGCUCCAACGGGAGCAUUAAAUGAAACGAUCGCGACAGCUUGCGUCAAUAACCUCAAAUCACUCACAUCGGUCGAGAAUGCUGCUGGUCUCGCCGCGUGCUACAACAUUAUGCAGUACGACAGCAAGCAAGGCGCCUUCGAGGCGGAUCUUCGACUCUAUUCAAUGUUUCCACCGACUGGAAACUUUGAGAAUGUCCCUAUCAACGAUAUCAUGAUCAGCUUGACCUAUCCCGCCAGCACCACGUUCCAGUCGUUAACCAAGCGGAGGAAGCGAGAUUUGGAAGCACGCCAAAGCAGCAUGGCCGAAGUACAACAAUACACCCUCUUUGGCACGUUUGAGAAAACCCUGGAUCUCGCCAUGCUGAAUGACACCCAAAUCAUGUCGCUGAUGCUGCCGGACAUCAAGCUGAACGCUGCCACCAAUUCUCUGACGCCUAUCAGCGCCAACAUCAGUGCAGCGGAUGGCGCCUGGUUUGUGGUGGGCCAAUUCAAGGACGAAUUCAAGAACGUCCUCGUUAGCCCUUCUGUGGCCGCCGCGGCCAUCACUGCCGCAGUUCCUUUCGUCCUCCCCGGCACGAGCCUAGGCAUCUUCCCCACGGGCUUGAUUGUCACCUGCGCCUGGACAUUCUUGUUCUUCUUGGCCUACGGACUGGGCACCAUUGGCCGGAUCCAAUAUAGAAGUGUAUAUAGAAAGAGAAAGGCGGCCCAGGCCGGUCGAACUGGCAAGCGGAUAUAG